GGUCUGGGCAACAUGCAUGCCCACAGGCAGCUGACUAUAGCUGCAGUGAGAGCAGAAGUCAGAAGACAUGAGGUGGCCAAACAGGCUCUAAAACACCUCAGGAAGCAGGUGGAGCGGGUGAGUGACCCUGGACUUCGGGACAGCAUCCGAGCCUCCCUGGACAGUCUACAAGAGGCCGUGGUCAACAGCCAGGAAUGGACUCUGAGCCGCUCCAUUCCUGAACUGCGCCUGGGUGUGCUGGGGGACGCCAGGAGCGGGAAGUCAUCCCUCAUCCAUCGAUUCCUGACUGGCUCAUACCAGGUGCUGGAGAAGACAGAGAGCGAGCAGCACAAGAAGGAGAUGCUGGUGGACGGACAGACCCACCUGGUGCUGGUUCGAGAGGAAGCCGGGGCCCCCGACGCCAAGUUCGCAGGCUGGGCGGACGCGGUCAUCUUGGUCUUCAGCCUGGAGGAUGAGGGCAGUUUCCAGGCGGUGAGCCGUCUCCACGGGCAGCUGAGCUCGCUCCGGGGAGAGGGGCGAGGAGGCCCGGCACUGGCGCUGGUGGGGACGCAAGACAGGAUCAGCGCGUCCUCCCCGCGGGUGGUGGGCGACGCCCGGGCCCGGGCCCUGUGUGCGGACAUGAAGCGCUGCAGCUACUACGAGACCUGCGCCACCUAUGGGCUCAACGUGGACCGGGUCUUCCAGGAGGUGGCCCAGAAGGUGGUGACUUUGCGCAAACAGCAGCAGCUCCUGGCGGCCUGCAAGUCCCUGCCCAGCUCUCCCAGCCACUCAGCCGCCUCCACACCUGUAGCCGGGCAGGCUAGUAACGGGGGUCACACCAGCGACUACUCGUCUUCCCUCCCGUCCUCCCCCAACGUUGGUCACCGGGAGCUCCGAGCCGAGGCCGUGUCAGCGGCCGGACUGAGCACCCCAGGGUCCCUGCACCGGGCCGCCAGGCGCAGGACCAGUCUGUUUGCGAGUCGCCGGGGCAGUGACUCUGAGAAGCGGAGCUUGGACAGUCGGGGAGAGACCACGGGGAGCGGGCGCGCCAUCCCCAUCAAACAGAGCUUCCUACUGAAGCGGAGUGGCAACUCUUUGAACAAAGAAUGGAAGAAGAAAUACGUGACCUUGUCCAGUAACGGCUUCCUCCUCUACCACCCCAGCAUUAACGACUACAUCCACAGUACCCACGGGAAGGAGAUGGACCUGCUGCGGACCACGGUCAAGGUCCCGGGCAAGCGGCCGCCGCGGGCCAUCUCCGCGUUUGGCCCCUCGGCCAGCAUUAACGGGCUGGUGAAGGACAUGAGCACUGUCCAGAUGGGGGAGGGCCCGGAAGCCACCACGCCCAGCCCCAGCCCCAGCCCCAGCUCCCUGCAGCCGCCACCAGACCAGACAUCCAAACACCUGCUGAAGCCAGACCGGAACUUGGCUCGCGCCCUCAGCACUGACUGUACCCCAUCUGGAGACCUGAGCCCCCUGAGCCGGGAACCCCCUCCUUCGCCCAUGGUGAAGAAGCAGCGGAGGAAAAAGCUGACGACACCCUCGAAGACGGAAGGCUCCGCUGGGCAGGCUGAAGAGGAAAACUUCGAGUUCCUGAUCGUGUCCAGCACUGGUCAGACGUGGCACUUUGAGGCGGCCAGUUUUGAGGAGCGCGAUGCCUGGGUCCAGGCCAUCGAGAGUCAGAUCCUAGCUAGUCUGCAGUGCUGUGAGAGCAGCAAGGUCAAGCUGCGCACAGACAGCCAGAGCGAAGCGGUGGCGAUCCAGGCCAUCCGGAACGCCCAGGGGAACGCCACCUGCGUGGACUGCGGGGCUCCGAACCCCACGUGGGCCAGCUUGAACCUGGGCGCGCUCAUCUGCAUCGAGUGUUCGGGCAUCCACCGCAACCUCGGCACGCACUUGUCCCGCGUCAGAUCGCUCGACCUGGACGACUGGCCGAGGGAGCUGACCCUGGUGCUGACGGCCAUCGGCAACGACAUGGCCAACCGCGUGUGGGAGAGUGACACGCGAGGCCGCGCCAAGCCCACGCGGGACUCCUCGCGGGAGGAGCGCGAGUCGUGGAUUCGCGCCAAGUACGAGCAGCUGCUGUUCCUGGCACCGCUGGGCACGCCCGAGGAGCCGCUGGGCCCGCAGCUGUGGUCCGCGGUGCAGGCCCAGGACGUGGCCGCCGUCCUGCUCCUGCUGGCUCACGCGCGCCACGGGCCCCUGGACACCAGCGCAGAGGACCCGCAGCUCCGCUCCCCGCUUCACCUGGCCGCCGAGCUCGCGCACGUGGUCAUCACGCAGCUGCUUCGGUCUCUGCGGAAAGGGACGCCCCCACCCGUUCCGGGCGCCUGGAUGUCCCCGCUGGCGCCCCUCGGGGCGAAAGAGACGCGGGCGGCCCGCGCCGGCGACCCCAGGCCCGAGCUCACCCCGCCUCCCCCAGGCUGGCUCCUGGGCUCCGCCCGGCGGGAGCGCGCCCCACUGGGCGUGCGGGACCCCACCCCCUCGACGCUGAUCUCACUGCCCGGCUGCGUCGCCAAGCCUGGAGGCGUAAGGGGUAGCGGCUGGGUGACCUGCGGCCCGGCCAGCUGCCAGACGGGCCGGACGGGCUCCCUGGGCCCGGCCAGUGCUGCCCCGCCACCCCACGCGCGGCCCCAGCUGCUCUCGUGCGUCCCUGCCUGGGUCCGCACCUUGCCGCUGGGGCCACCACCCGCGCUCUGGGGCCACCACCUGCGCCCUGGGGCCACCACCCCAGGGCCACCACCGCGCCCUGGGGCCACCACCCGCGCCCUGGGGCCACCUGCCCCUGCUGCCGUGUGCUGUGGCACAGCUGAGCUUCCUCAUGGGCUCUACCAGAAGCCAGAGGAGUUUGCAGUCAGAAGCCACGUCACUAAAUCUGGUGAGGCUCUCCAGGCCGCCCAGUCAACCGGCGGCGGGGAGUCCGGGGACCCCGGCCCCCGGCAGGCCAGCCGCUGCGCCACGACUGACGUUCACGUGGCGCCUUCACGUGGCGCAGCCACGCGCCUGGGCCGUGUGCUGACCUCCAGCUGGCCCCUGAGGAAACAGCACUUGGAAAGUCCCGCCAGCAGAUGGAGGGGCGCGGGUCUGCACCCCGCAUUCUGA